AUGGCAUCUACAGAGGCAGCGCAGUUGCCGCCGGCGGCACUCCGGCAGUCCAACUUCGAACAAGCAGUGGCAUGCGCCCUUCACCUAUGGCCGGCCUUGACCCUCGCGGUGCAGAACAACUGGGGAGGCCCCGACUCUGCAGACAAGCGAGACUGGUUUGCUGGUGCCAUCGUCGAUCUGUUUCCUGAAUUCACCGAUGCGCAGCCCGGAGCGCCUGCAAACACCGCCAGUGCCGUCGAUGAACCAGAUAUGGAGGACGUCGAGACGGUGCUGCUACAAGUUAUGAUUGACGAGUUCGAGGUCAACACAGAUGAUGAUUCUGGUCUUGAAGUUGCCAGAUCCAUUGUCAAGGCGCGAUCCGAGUGCGCCAUUGGCGAAUUCAACGACGAGGUCAAGAAGCUGAGCGAGCGAUUCGCGAAUCGAAAGGGCACCAAGGUGGAUCAGAUGUUCAAGAAAGCCGAGGAUGAGGACCAGGAUACCGACUGGGAGUCUGGCGACAGUGGCGAGGACGAUGAAGAUAAUGAAGGCGAUGUGGAUAUGGAUGAGGCGCCACCCCUGGCACCUGUUGUCAAGGAAAAGCCUGCCCCUGAAAUUGACGAGGACGGCUUCAUCAAGGUCACCAAGAAGAAGAGGUAG